CCAGGUCAAAAGUUGACUGCCUCGCCAGCUUCCCCUCGGAUCUUUCUCAUUCCGUCCUGGCAGUUCUGAUUUUCCGUCCAAGGUAACAAGUAGCGUCAGGGCUCGCGAGGGACUUAGCCGGGGAUCGUCGUGUCCGUUCCUGCUGGCUAAAGGUCCGGGCCGGAUUUUGCACCUUGUCCCCGGGUCUGCCUCACGGCCUGGAGGAGCUGGAGCUGCUGCUGCUGUUUAUUGAGCGCUCUUGUCCUGGUAUCACUCCGCUGGCAUGGAGGAGGAGGAGGUGGAGGAGGCGAGCACUUGAUCAUUGUGAUGGUGGCAGGAGGAGAAGCCGCAAGCAGAGCUCAGCACUAGUCUGGCUCUGUGUGCGUGUGCGCGCGCGCGUGCAGCAGCAGCAGCAGCAGCAGCUCGACGUACGUUUCGCAAAUACUUCAGCGAGCUACUUUUGCGGAUUGUUCACGUGUUGACUUCCCCCAGCUUGAGGAUAUGCUUUUUAAGGUUCCCGUUGAAAAAUACAACUGAGCAGCUAAAGUACUUUUGAGAACACGGUGCGGCAUAAACACCCAAACUUUUUUUCCUCCCCACCCCCGGAAAGAAAACACAAUAAGAAAGCGGCGUUGCCUGUCUUCCGAUGGUGUGGAGUGUGAGUGUGUUGUUGGGUGUGUGUGUGUGUGUGUAUGCAGUAUGCCCGGUGUAUGCCUGCCCUAGGUGUCUUGUGAGUGUGUGUGUGCGCGCGCGUGUGGAUAGAAGUGUGUGUGGAUAGAUUCCUGUCUAUAUGCACGCAUGUGGGUGCGCGUCUCUGUCUUGCUUUCUUGUUUUAAUACAUGGGGGAUACCGAGAAGGUUUUCGUCCGGAAUCUGUUUUGGAAAUGAUGGAUUAUUUAAAGGGGGACUGAUCUGAUCUCUUCUCCCUGGAGUUUGCAACCGAACUGCUGCUGAUCGGUUUGUUGGGAUUCCUUCUGUGUUUGUUGAUUGUGUCUGGCGAUAACCUUACAGCACCACCUCCUGGGUUUGGGCUUUUUUGGUUUUCUUUCGGCAUUUGUUUGCCCCCUCCCGCCACGCCGGAGAGGAUCGACAAGGAGUGGGAGAGAGGGAGAGGAUUUUUCCCCUUUUUUUAAAAAUCUGAACAACCCUAAACAUUUUGUCUGCGAUCUACUGCUUCCCUCUCCAUGGUCCGGUAAAGCGCGUCCCAACAGGAGGACCCCCGUGUUUGUGCCUGGUGUGUGGCGCCCGCGUGUAAAAGGAAAAGUUAUUCCAAAAUAGUGUGCACGGGGAAGGAGAUGGGGGAUUUUCCAACCCCCGCUGCCGCCGCAAAUGGCAGCAGCAUUUGUCUCAACAAUAACCUGAGCAGCAGCCUCGGCGGGGCCGGUAUCGGCGUGAAUAACGCUCCCCACGGCCCUCCUCCCGGUAACAGCACUACUCAUAGCGGCGGCGGCGCUAACGCGAGCAGCGGCAUUCCCAAGCACAGCACCGUGGUGGAGAGGCUCAGGCAGCGCAUCGAGGGCUGCAGGAGGCACCACGUCAACUGCGAGAACAGGUACCAGCAAGCCCAGGCCGAGCAGCUGGAGCUCGAGCGAAGGGACACGGUGAGCCUUUAUCAGAGGACCCUGGAGCAAAGGGCCAAGAAAUCGGGCACUGGCGGCGGCGGCGGCGGCAACAGCAAGCAACAGCAUCCCAGCAAACAGCCUCAAGAUGCCGAGUCUUCCACGGCGGAGCAGAGGAACCACACACUGAUCAUGGAGAAAAAGGUGAAAAUGAAGUCAUACAUUUCAGUUUCUGGACUAAAGAAAUUUGGAGACAGCAAGCAAAAGGCAUAAUGCAAAGGACGUUAACCACAUAACAAAAUACAUUCUUCAUUCAGAAGGAGCAGAAGAGUAGAGAAACAGGAUUUUUAUUGCAUAAUUAUGCCUCCUCCAUAAAGCUCCUCCAAAAGAAAUGGCAGACCUGCAGAUCAUCCAGCGGCCACCUAACAUGCUGCUGUGAUCACACAGUGGUGCACAUGUUAAAGGCGAUGCGAUGUGGGCUCACUGUUCAUGCCCUCGCAGCAUUCAGGAAUUUCAGAUGGCCUGAUCAGAAUGUGCAGUACAGUCUUUGUCCUGGAACCUAAGAUACACAUUCAAGGGUGGAAAUGCAGACGUCCACAACUUUUUGUUUUUGUUUCCUGAAAGAUUUAAUUAAAAGAUUGAAAGGAAGGGAAAUGAAAAUGCAAUUUCUGGCUUAAAUAAAUAAAAUACGAAGUCAUGUGAACUCUGUCACUGUCAGGAGGACAGAGCCAAGGAAGCACAAGAAGGUUGUGUAUGAGAAUAAAUAAUAGUUUUAUACUGAUUCUAGUAUUUAUUCAUGGAAUUGCUUUGGUAGGCAUCCCAGUAAGAUGUGCAUUUGUUAUUUCUUACCUAUUUACAUGGAAAAGGUGGAACAACACAAACAAUUAAGGUGAUAGUACAGGGGAUGAACUGGGAAAUUAAGUUAUCAUUUAUAGUAAUAUUGCACAUCUAGAUCUGUAGCAUUUUUCUGACAUAAACCCUAAUCCUAAAUGCAACUGCAGGGAUUUGGAACUCCACUCGGGUUCUAUGGAGCUUCUGUGCUUGUCAGCAGUUCACUGGAAGAUGCAACUUUACAUGCACAGCACUGUGCAAUACUUCCAUAGUCCUUUGAAUGCCAUUUUCUUGGUGGAAAGCUAAGAAAUCCAAUCAAAUAAUUAAUAUAUUGAACAUGAGAACAGAUCGCAAGUACACCGUGAAUUGCAGCAUCUGCAUCUGUGCUAUCUGUAAAAAAAAUCCCUGUGAUUGCUGCAUGAUUUUGCAUCUGAGCAAUUAUUUAGAAUCUGGAUAUUGUGUCUAGUGGUAAGAGAGGCAUUAGGUAAUAUGAUCUGGGAAUAUGCAAAUUGGUAUGUUUUCAUAUUUCUCAUAUGACUGUAAAUUCCUUGGAGAAGUGAUUCAGUCUUAGGGCACAAUCCUGUGGCCAACUAGACGAAGUCUUAAUGGCCAUGGGAGAGGUCAGAGUCCCAGCUGCAACUCAGAAAUGCACACUGAGGUUGGAACUGGGUCUCCAAACCUGGAGCAUGCUUCCUCUGCUCUGGCUGUUGUUCCAAGAUUGGAAUACUGACCGCGGAGCCAGAGGUUUGUGGGGUUUUCUGUGGGUAGGAAGGGGCAGGGAGGAACAUAAUAAUCUGGUAGUGUCUUAGUCUGGGGCAAAAAAUUAAAUGGACAAAAUCAAGCUUUGCCUUUGUGCUCCUUCCACCCUUCACUGGAUUCCCACAAUCCUCUGAGUUUGAAAAGUCAUGGUCUGCCACAUUGGUUUGCACAGUUAAUUAAACUAACGAUGAAGCAUCAUGUGGAAAUUGAGAAUAAUCUUUAGUAGGCCUUGUUACUAUUUUAUUAUUUUAAUAUAUAUAAAUGCUUUUCUGUUUAAAAUACAUAAACCAUUAUCCAGUAAAUUCAGAAAAAGCAGUGCCCCCUCCCAAAAAAAUCCCCAAUUCAAAUACAGCAGGAGAAAUACAUUAGAACUCAUUAAUGGUUAUAGCACUUAUUCCUCAUUGUUUAAGUCAAAGCAUUUAUAUUCCAUUUUUUAAUCAAUGGUUUCGAUAAACAGUAUCUUAGAUGCCAAUAAUACUGAUAAAGCUAGAAUGAUACUGCAGGAAAAGCUCUUUAAGUCUUGAUCACUGUACAGUAAUACCUUGGUUCAUGAACGCUAUUGUUUGCAAACAAUUCGGUUAACAGAAGUUUGGCAAAAUUUUGCUUCCGUUGGCAAACUCUGCAUCAGGUGAUGAACAUGAUCAUGGCUAUCUGCCCCACUGAAACAUACUCUGACACAUGGUCGUAGUGUGGGGAAGAUGGCCACGUUCGUAUUCACAGGAACACAAACGCGGCCAUCUUCCCUGCUCUGACACAUGGUCGUGGCUUCCUCUAGUUGAGGUCGCAGUUGCAGACUCUCCCUCCAAACGAUAACCUCCUCCCCACCCACCUUCCUAUCCUCCAUGUCAGAAGUUGCCUCUAGCAAGGUUAGUGUUCUCUCUCUUCAUACUGUACUGUACUUUGUUUCAUAUGUUUGUGGUUAAAAAAUUACAUAUGGUUCAGAAUGGAGUAACCUUAUUUACAUUGAA